AUGUCGCAGUGGCCCUAUGUCCCGGGACUCAGGACGGCCUCACGCCUCGUCUUCCAAGGCGACACGCUGACCCCACAGGACGAGGUGGAGGUGCUGGGGGUCACGUACGACAGAAAGCUGUCCUUCAGAUCCCACAUAGAGCGGCUCGCCAGGGAGGCCUCAGGGAAGCUGGUAUCCCUGAGGAGAAUGUCACCUCUCCUGGACAGUAGGGGAAUGGAAGUCCUCUACAAAGCCCAGGUUCGCUCGUUCCUGGAAUACGCGUGCCUGGCAUGGGGAGGUGCGGCCAACAAGCACCUGUCUCUACUGGACAAGGUACAGGAGAGGGCGGCAAGGCUCAUCAGAGAGGCAGAACACCAGCCAGCAUUACAGAGUCUCCAACAUCGGCGUGACGUGGCGGGACUCACUGUAAUGUUCAAGGUGCAGCUACAGUGUGUGCCGCACCUACAGUCACUCUGGCAGCCUCCCCGACUCGCCCAGGUCGCUACCAGAGCCGUCACCUCAGCCCCGGAGGAACUGCUGCAAACCCGGUGCAGGACAUGGCACCACCAAAGACAGUUUAUUUACACUUAUGUGAGCUGGUGGAAUAAACUCAUAGCCAGUGAGCAAAACAUUGAAAAUAUUGCGAACUUGUCAACGCAAAAUUUUAAAAGUAAAGUGAACGAGUGGCUGAUACAAUACAGACAGCAGUGA